UCUCAACAUCAAGAUCAAGAUUAAGAUUCAAAAUCAAGAUCACCACUCAUCCUCCAAGAUGACAAUGAGCACACUCCACCAACAAGUUCUUGCACUUCAUGCAGCUAAGACUGCUCCAUCAGGUUACUUUCCUGAUCCAGCUUCCAUCAACAAGCUCCAAAUCCCAACAUUUUCCAAAAAAUCUGAACAAAUCAAGAAAAAAUCUCUUCUGAGAAAGAAGAAAACCGAGAGCUUCACAAACGGAGCUAGAGAUCAAAACAAGUUAGGCCCCAAGCUGACCGAAACAGUCAAGAGAAAGAUAUCUUUGGGAGCUAAGAUCCUUCAAAUGGGAGGCUUAGAGAAGAUUUAUAAACGGCACUUUAGAGUCUACGAUGAAGAGAAACUCUUCAAAGCUUACCAGUGUUACCUAUCCACAACCGCAGGUCCCAUUGCAGGCUUACUCUUCAUCUCAUCAAAGAAGAUUGCUUUCUGCAGCGAGAGAUCGAUCAAAGUGGCUUGUCCACAGGGAGAUCUAACUAGGGUUCACUACAAAGUGUCAAUCCCAUUGUCCAAGAUCAAUGGAGUGAACCAUAGUGUAGACACGAAGAAGCCAUCUCAGAAGUACCUUGAAGUAGUCACUGUGGAUGGCUUUGAGUUCUGGUUCAUGGGUUUCUUGAGCUACAAGAAAGCUUUCAACUGUCUCGAGCAAGCACUUUCUCUGAGCUUGGAUCAAUAACAAAGAGAUAGCCUAGAAAAGUUAGACAAUAUUGUACAAACUAUUUUUUUUAGCUUUAACCUUUUUGUUAUCCAUUGUUGACAAGAGCAAGAGACUGAAUAUAUAUAGCUGAUGUCAUCUGUUUUACUUAUUUCAUACUUCUCUUUGCACCAUAACGUGACCAAAGAAAACAUAAUGACAUGAGUA